AUGACUACCCGUGCCAAAAACAACAUUCACUGCCCUAAAAUUCGUUUGGAUGGCACCCUCCCAUGGCUUGACAAACCAUCUCUGUCCACCACAGUUGCGUCUCCUCUCAUACCCAAAGAGCCAACCUCCUAUUUGAAGGCUUCAAAAUUCCAAGAACGGAGAACAGCCAUGGUCCUUGAAUUUCAGGCUUUGUUGCAAAAUAAAAAGUGGGACUUGGUUCCUGCGUCUCCUUCCUACAAUGUACUUGGUGCUAAAUGGGUUCUUAAGUCGAAAUGCAGGGUGGAUGGUUCCCUUGAGUGCCGCAAGGCUCGUCUUGUGGCCAAGGGAUUCCAUCAACAGCCCAGUCUCGACUACAAAGAGAUAUUUAGCCCCGUUGUUAAACCAGUGACCAUUCGUUUGCUUCUGUCUCUUGCUGUGUCUUGCAGAUUGUCUUUGCACUAG